AUUCACUGUGUGCGUUUUUCAAUAACCGCACGGCUAAAUAUACUGGAAAAAAUACACUGAAAACACGAAGGGUUAGCUGUAUUGGGGGAGCCUUAUGCGCAUAUGAAUUAGCCAGUUUGCUAGCGGCCAAAUCAUGUGCCUCGUCUGUCUUAUUCUCUUCUGGAGUUUUAGGACAGGACGAAAUAUUGCAAACGGAUGUUCGGGUGUUUUAAUGUACGUGGUGGUUUAUAAGGUUAACGCACGGAAAGUUUAGAUAUUAUGGUAAAUGAUUGUGCCUGGAGUUCAGUGCUAAUAACCAGUGCUUGGCGCGCAUGCGCAGUACGAUCCAGAGGCGGGACCGGAGAGGUCACCACGUGCGUGGAGCCGUGGUCAAUGGCUGCAUCCGAAACCUGAAAAAUGCUGCCUUCGGAGGACGCAUUCCAAGCUAAGAAGAAUAAGAAGAAGGGCAAGACCCUGACCCUGAAUGACUUCCUUGCGAAUGAUAGCAGUGGCAGUGUACCCCCCAGUUACCCCAGCACAAAGACCACCAGCUGGGCAGAUGAGACUGAUGACUUGGAUGGAGAUGUCUCAACUUCCUGGCAUACUGUGGAGGAUACGUAUCGAGCUCCUCCCAUCGACCGCUCCAUCCUCCCAACUGCACCUCGUGCAGCACGGGAACCAAACAUUGACCGCUCUCGGCUGCCACGCAGCCCACCCUACACUGCCUUCCUCGGUAACCUUCCCUAUGAUGUCAGCGAGGAAUCCAUCAAAGAAUUCUUCAGGGGCCUUGCGAUCAGUCAAGUACGUUUGCCACGGGAGCCUAGUAACCCAGAGAGGCUUAAGGGUUUUGGUUAUGCAGAAUUUGAUGAUGUUGAAUCCUUCUUGCGUGCGCUCAGUCUAAAUGAGGAGAAUCUUGGGAACAGACGGAUCCGGGUGGAUAUCGCAGAUCAAUCCAAUGACAAAGAGAGGGACAGUGGGACAAUGUUUGGGCGAGACAGGGAUAGAGGUCGUGGGAUGGACAGUGGGCCUGAUAAGACAGAUUCUGAUUGGAGGGCACGGCCAAGCGGGGACCAGGAUGAUGCACCACGUAAAGACGAUGGAUAUGGUGACAGGUCACGUGACCGCUAUGAGUCGGACCGAUUCAGAGAUGCUCCAAGACGUGAUGAUCGUUAUGACAGCGGUCGAGAUCGCUUCAGUGGUAGAGACCGCUAUGAUGACAGAGGUAGCCGAGACUAUGAUCGUGGAGGUUAUGACUCACGUGGUGGUGGAGGGCGUCGAGGAUUCAGCAGUGGCUUCAGGAGAGACUUUGAUGGAGAUCGAGAAGAGCGUUCAGACAGGAGGGAAGAGGGACGAGAAGAGAGGGGCCCUCUACAGAGGCCCAAGUUAAACCUGAAGCCACGGAGCAUCCCAAAAGAGGAGGAACAGAGUGCAAGCUUGUCUCCCCAGAGUAACACUGCUAAUUCCAGCAGGGCUUCCUCUAUAUUUGGAGCAGCCAAACCUGUGGACACAGCCGCCAAGGAGAGAGAGAUGGAGGAGAGGCUGAAGAAAGAACAAGAACGACUCCAGAAACAAUUGGAAGAGGACAAGAACAGGGCCUCGGAGAGACGACCACGAGACCGAGACUUGAGUUGGAGAAAUGAAGAGCCAUCUAAUGAGCGUCGACAAACAGGAAGUGAAUUCUCACAACCUAAAGGAUCUAGGAGUCAAGAUGGUGAACAUUCAGAGAAUGAAGUCUUCAGUGGACAAGAGGAUGAGCCGAUCUCUCCUGCAUGUUCAUCACCCUCUUCCAAUCAGGGAGGGCUUCCACUGAAAGUAAUGCCAGCUCCUCCACCUAAAGAGAACGCAUGGGCCAAACGCAGCACAGGGGGUGGUGCUAAUGAGAAGGAAGGACCACCCUCAGCUGCCCCUAGCAACAAAAGCGCUCUUAAACCCAACAGGUCAGCUGAAGAGAGAGUAUUGGACGAAAACCAAGUUGACGGCAUUCGAAGGGAUAAAGUUGUGCCUCAGGGAGGAGGAGGAGGAGUUGGGAGAGGAGGGGCUUGGGGAAGAGGAGUUGACUGCCCAAACAAAGACGAACAGAGAGAAACUGCAGACAGGAAGGAGGUCAGACGGGAACGAGAUCCCAGAAUAGCCUCAGAACCAAAGAAAUAUGAAGAGAGCGCUCCUCCUCAAUUCAGCUCCGCAAGUAAGUUUUCUGCCCUACUAAUGGAUGGAGACCAGGGAGAAGAAGAUGGAGAGGAAUGAACAGUUAGCAAGGAUCAACUAACUUCAUAAACACAGAACAGAAGAAAAGAGCAACUGAAUGAUCAAAUGAGGGGUUAAAUUAGAGUUUCCUCAUGAUGAGUGAGUGAGUGGUGUAGCUCUAAGGAUGAUGGUCAGGGUUCCCACAAUACUGUUCUCUGUCAUGUUUAUGGAAAUGUAUACUGGUAUUCCUAAAACUGGCCCAUUUUAAUUAAAAAUAAAAUAAAACAAAUCAGUGCAGUAUGUAGACAAAUGCAUUCAUACAUGUAGACAUUUGAAAAUCAUUGUUAAUUUGAAAGUCGUUAUAAUAAAAGAAUGUAAGAUACUGUAA